CAUCACAUCCAGCUCAUGCUGCUAUUGGCUGCAGCCGUGGCAUCGGUCCAGGUCCCAGACCCCUCCUUCAGCCUGUCCAAUGAGAGGACUUCGAUUGAGAGGACGUAUGAGCUGACCAAGUACCUGGAGCAUCAGCUGAGAGAGAUAAAGGACACCUAUGUGAGUACUGUUACUGUAUAUAGAUACUGUGUUGAAGCACAUUUAUUUUGGAGCAUGUCAAUGUUUCAUUCCACAAGUGUUUGAAUUCAACACAUAUUUGAGAAGCAUGGUUCCAGUCUGUUUCUGCUCCAGCCAACCCCUUGGUCUUUGCCAUGGGGAGUUUGCUAAAACAGAAACAGGCUGGCACCCAGGCUUGUGUUUGAGCAUAACCAAUCCAUGUCUGAUUGUACAUGUUGGAUUAAAUAUUCCUUCUCUCCCUCCCACUCCCUCUUUCCAUACCCACUCUUGACUGCAUCUCUCCCCCCUCUGCUCUUCCUCCAUCUCCUCCCUCUGUUACUCCUCCCAUCCCCCGUUCCCUCCCUCAGUUAUCCUACCUGGGCCCUCCGUUCAGUGACCCAGACUUCUCCCCUCCGCGGCCCAACAGCACAGCCCUAUCCCUACCCAGCGCGGCCACCCGUCUGGAGCUGUGGCGGGGCCUGGAGAACCGUGCCAGGCUGGCCCAGAACCAGAGGGCUUACUCUGUUCUGCUGGGGGCGGUGAGGGAGCUGGCCCGCUCCACCCUCUGCCCCUACCUCCAGAGCUCCCUGCUGCACUUUUCUACAGGCCUGGACGGUCUGCUAGGGUCUAUAUCAGGCCUCAUGAACACGCUGGGGUAUGCCCUGCCUCCUGCUGGGAUCGAGGCGCAUUACCCACGUAGGGACAUAGGGGGCAAUGGAGAGGCGACGGGACGCAGGCCAGCUCCACUUAUGAGUCAGGGUCUCUAUAAGACAGGGGCGAGGAUGGGGACGGGGCCAAGGAGGCAUCCCCUUGAUAGUCAGAGGGGUGCUGGGACCACCAGAGGGGUGGUGAGAGGACAAAGGGAGAAGAGCACCAGGAGAGAAAUUACAGAGAGAAAGAGGGAGAGAGAGAAGGAUAGAGGGAGGGGGAGGGAGGGGAGGAGAGCGGAGGUGACUGGGGCUAAGGUUAGGAGUGUGGGAUUGAGGCAGGAGGAGAGAGGGGAGCGAGGGAGGAAAGGGAGGAAGAGAGACUCAGAGGAUUGGGAGGGGGCCAGUGAAGACAGGGAAGAGGAGGAAGAGUUGGAGAGAGAGGAAGGGAGGGAGAGAUGGGGGAGGAGGAGAAGGCUGCUGAGUGUUUCAGAGGAGGCAGAGAGAACAGUGAAGCAGGGUCCACUGGAGUCUGACGCCAGAGUCACUCUGUCCUUCUCAGACAGACAGACCUUCCCCCAACAACAACAACAACAACAACAACUCCUAAACAACAAUAACAACAACAACUACGAUAACAACAACAUCAACAGCUACAACUUCAACUACCACCCCCAAAACAAGGACCGAGCCAGAGAGGGGGAUUCAGAAAACAGGGCGACAGAGGAGGAACAUUACAUCAUCAGAGAGUCUGCAUCCCUCCUCUCCUCCUCUCCAUCGCUCCAUCCCCAGCGUCGAUCCCCUCGCUCCAUAUUCUCCCCCACCCUCCACCCCCCCCUCUCACCCCUCUCCCUCUUCUACCCGUUUGGCACGGGGACAGGGGAGGGACACACCCUGUUGUCAGAACCAGUGCCCCUGUCAUUGAGGAGGGGUCCCCCCCUGCUGCCGCCCCCUCCCCUGUCUCCCCUCCUGUCCUCCUCCCCUCUGCUGGCGGUGCGGCCGGCGCUCAACGACUUCUCCAGGAAGGUGGAGGGCUUCUGGGUACUGAGGGAGCUGCAGAGCUGGCUGUGGCGCUCCGCCAAGGACUUCAACCGCCUUAAGAAGAGACUCAGAGUCUGA